CCCAGCGCUCGCGGACGGGCCGACCGUGGUGUUUUGGCCCGCGGGCGGAGCCGUAGCCAAAGUCUUCUCGGGGGUCCGCAACCGGAAGCCGGGUGUCCAGGAUCCUGGCUGGAGGUCCAAGAUGUCGGAGAAGGAAGGCGGGUCGGGCGGGGCCUCCCCGCAGGCCAGCGCGGUGACGGUCAGCGAUGUCCAGGAGCUGAUACGGCGCAAGGAGGAGAUCGAAGCGCAGAUCAAGGCCAAUUAUGGCGUAUUGGAGAGCCUAAAAGGUGUUGGGAUGAAUGAGCCGCUGGUGGACUGCGAGGGCUACCCCCGCUCAGACGUGGACCUGUACCAAGUUCGAACUGCCAGGCACAACAUCGUCUGCUUGCAGAACGAUCACAAGGCGGUGAUGAAGCAGGUGGAGGAGGCCCUGCACCAGCUGCAUGCUCGGGACAAGGAGAAGCAGGCCCGGGACAUGGCCGAGGCCCAGGAAGAGGCCAUGAGCCGAAGUCUGAGCCAGAGCGAGGGCCUCAGCCCCCCUCAGGCCUUUGCCAAAGUGAACAGCGUCAGCCCCGGCUCCCCUGCCAGCAUCGCGGGUCUGCAAGUGGAUGAUGAGAUUGUGGAGUUUGGCUCCGUAAACACCCAAAACUUCCAGUCGCUGCAAAACAUUGGCACCGUGGUGCAGCACAGUGAGGGGAAGCCCCUGAAUGUGACAGUGAUCCGCAGAGGGGAGAAACACCGGCUUAGACUGGUCCCAACGCGCUGGGCGGGGAAGGGACUGCUGGGCUGCAACAUUAUUCCUUUGCAAAGCUGAUUGUCCCUGAGGAACAGUAUCAGGAAAGCAUCUUCUGUGGCCCUAGACUUGUGUCUUGGGGGGGAUUUCUCCCUUCUCUCCUCUCCCUGGAGUUUAAGGAUCUGGAAGCCUGAACUUCUAGGUGGUGGAAACGCUGUGGCCUCCGAGUGUAGUCUCUUGGGAUUAAGGCAUUGUUCAGAACCUGAUCUGUGCUUAGCUGAUCUUUUCUGAAUUAGACCAUGGCCCCAAAUGGGAAUCUCUGAUGGCAAGAGGGUGGGAGUUAUUCUGACAGGUGCUGUCAUGACUUUAUUCUUUUAGGAAUUAUUUUCUCCAAAUAAACAGUUUUAUAGUACUGAUAUGAGCAUGUUAUCACCCCAACUAAACUCCUUAUGGACCUCUCAGCCAAAGCUCAGAACAUCCUCACAGAAAGUUGGGCCCUGGCCGGUGGCUCAGUUGGUUGGAGCAUUGAACUGAUGUGCCAGGGUUGUGGGUUCGGUCCCGGUCAGGGCCCAUGCAGGGGUCAUCCGAUGAGUGCAUGAGUAAGUGGAACAACAGAACGAUGUUUCUCUCUCCUCUCUCUAAAACGAAAAAAAAAAAAGGAAAAAAAGAGAGAGGUAGAACAAUAAUUGUGCCAAAGUCAAAUUUUACCACAGUAUUUCCAGAACAUCCUCCUUUAUGGCACGGGGUUUCCAGACACCAGCUGCCCGUCCCCCUUUGCAGUGCGGCGUUGCUGCCCUAGAUACAGAAAUCUUGUCUUCAGCACUUGGACCUCCAGAGCCACAGCUGCUCCCUUUAAGAAUAUGACAUGCAUAUUCGUGAAGCAUUCCAUAUUUUUAUAACAAAAAAAAGAAAAUAGAUAAACCAGGAGGCUCCCCAGGCAGCCCAGCAGGUGUCGACUUUCCCAUCCAUAAUCCACCAGAGGGCAGCAAGCUCCCUCCACUUGUAGAAUAAAAAUGCCUGCAGAUGA